CGUGCAACGAAAAGUAUUGUUUUGUAAUCCUUUUUUCAAAUGUAAAUCAAGGUUAAAUAAAGAUCCCUGUAGUUAAAACAAUGAGUCUUUAUCGAAGAAUUUUAAAUCCAACCCUUAUGUGCAGAGUGUUUCGACAAGAAACAACCAAAAGGUUUAUACAGCUUUGUGUGUACAAAGAUGUAAACAUAACCUCAAAACUUGCAAGUGUUUAUCCCAAUCAUUUAUUUACCUCUGUUCGUUGUAAAUCAAAGAAGAGCCAAUACGAUUCUGACGACGAAGAUAUAGUGCCGGAUGAUGACUCGUCGCUAUCAAGGGACUCUAAAGUUGUCAAGUUUUCUACAACCUCUAUGAGAACUGAUGUAGUUUUGAAGUCAGCGCUAACUAUAUCUAGAAAUAAAAUAGAGCAAAUGUUCUAUGAAAGUAAAAUAAGAUUGAACGGCAAGAAAGUUCUGAAGAAAAGUGCUUCUGUCAAACUAGGUGAUGAAGUGGAUGUUAUUAAAAUGGUUAGCCCAAAUAAUCCAGACCAUUUAUAUGUUGCAAGAGUAGAAAUAAUGAACAUUACACCCAAAGAGGACAGUAUCCAAAUAACAGCAAGGAGGUUCAAACACCUGUUAAUUGAUAACUAUGAGGCAGACCCUCAUAAGGUAUCUGCAGCUGAAGGAUAGUAAUAAAUUACUUGUUUAGUAAAUUAUUGUAAAUUGAUAACAACAGCUUAUAGUUUUUAGAGGGAUCGUUUUCAUUAAUAUCUGUAUACCACCCAAAAAUAAAUAUGAUUGGCAUUUGCA